UCUUUUGAUUUCCAGAGCAAAGGAAGAAAUAUUCAAAUUCCAACUUCAUCAUGGACGACGAGUCGCAGUACUACGUCAAUCACCUGACCACCUUCCCAUUGGGUCCUGGGGAGGAGACACAAACUGUGGAGGAGUCUAUCAAAAAGAUGAAGACCCUGGACAGCAAAGGAAGGAUCUGGACCCAGGAAAUGCUGCUGCAGGUCAACAAUUCGGCCGUCAGCUUGGUGGACAUUGAAUCCAAGGAUGAACUGGAGACUUACCCGCUGGAUGCGAUCAAGCACUGUGACUCACUGCUGGACAGCUGGAGGUUUAACUCAAUCCUUAUCCUCGUGUGCAAGGAAGCUCACCAGGCGAAUCCCGAUAUCCACUUCUUCCAGUGCUCCGAGGUCGGGGCUGACCUGAUUAAGAGCGACAUCAACAGCGCGAUCACGGACCUGAAGAGUGGAGGACGGAGUGAGAGGCCGAAUGCUCUCAGACUUAACCAGGAGAAAAUGAAUGAACAAAGGACAUCCCCACCUUCCCCACCCCUGAACAGGGCUCCUAAAGCACCAGCGAACUACAACUCCAGCAUAGUGCAAGAGGCAGUACCAUUACCUCCGCCAUAUACAGCCACGACUCCAAUGGCCAGCACAGAGGGUCUCCUGACAUUGAGAGCUCGACCCCCAACCCAGGAGGAGUUUAUCGAUGUCUUUCAGAAGUACAAAUACUCCUUCAGCCUGCUGGCUCGAGUAAAGAACCACAUUGUCAAACCCAGUGCAACUGAACUAAUCCACUUCCUGUUCACACCCCUCGAGAUGAUGGUGCAAACAGCAGGUGUGGAUGUUGCUAGAUCAGUGGUCAUGCCAUUCUUGACCAACGAUGCCAUCCACCUCUUGAACAGCACACUCAAUCAGACAGAGAAGGCACAGUGGCAAUCGUUGGGAGACUACUGGACCAAAUCCAGAUUGGAGUGGCCUGCCGAGCACUGGGGAGAGCCGUACCAUAUCCAGUUCCGAUCAGGGUGGCAGCCAGAUGAUCUGGAUCCCAACGGAGCUCCGUGGGAAGAUCCUGUGGAGCUGCAGCACAAACACGAGUUGCUACGAAUGCAGCAAUCAGGCCCACAGUCAGCUCCUGUCAAACAAAGCAAUGGGACUCACAAUGUGGAGACCAAACACAUGAAAUGCAGCUAUGACUUUGUGGCCCGAAACAGCAGCGAGCUCUCUGUGUUGUCUGGUGAAAUGGUGGAGGUGCUGGAUGAUUCCAAACGGUGGUGGAAGGUGCAGAAUCAGAGUGGACAGGUUGGCUAUGUCCCCUUCAAUAUCCUGGAGCCUGUCCCUGCACAGGAUGUCGUCAACAGCUCACCUCAAUAUGCUCAAAUACACAAGGGGAACUGGCAAACUCCGAAAGGCACGCCACCCCCGACCCUCCCGAAAAGAGUGAGUCAACACAACCCAGCGCAGGUUGGCUGGGACACAAACCCCGAGAACGUCGGUGUGACUCAGAAAGAGAGAGAGCGUAAUGCCCAGAUUAACAUCAUGAAUGAAGAAUUGUUACUGAGGAUUGCAAACGGCAGAACAGCACAGCAUAAGUCCUUCCAGGUCCAGAAGACCCUUGACACCUCAGUUCCUCUGGACUACAAUUCCUCUCCAGCUGAAGUCAAGACUUGGCUGGAGGCCAAAGGCUUCUCUCAGAUGACAGUGAAUUCUCUUGGGAUUCUGACUGGCGCCCAGCUCUUCUCCCUGCAGAAAGAUGAACUGCGGUCGGUGAGCCCAGAGGAGGGCGCCCGUGUCUACAGCCAGAUAAUGGUCCAGAAAUCACUGCUUGAGGUAAAGGGGUCUUUCUGA